CUCUCAAUGAGUGACACAAUAACAACAACAACCAAAAAAGAACAUGGCUAAGAAGAAGCAUGUUUUGAAGGAAGGCGAUGAACAUGAUGGUUCCAACACUAAAAAACAAGUUUGUCGAGCUGAUUUCCCUCCCCACUUUGUCUUCGGUGUUUCUACCUCUUCCUAUCAGAUUGAAGGAGGUGUGAACGAAGGUGGCAGAGGUAAAAGCAUAUGGGAUGCUUUCUCUCACAUUGAAGGAAAAAUCGUUGAUGGAAGCAAUGCUGAUGUUGCAGUGGAUCAUUAUCACCGGUACAAGGAAGAUAUAGAGCUUAUAUCCGAGUUAGGGUUCAAAGCUUACAGAUUUUCCAUAUCAUGGCCUCGUAUUUUUCCAGAUGGUUUGGGAACCAAAGUUAAUGAGGAAGGAAUUGCAUUUUACAACAAUGUGAUCGAUGCCCUUCUUGAAAAGGGUAUUGAGCCCUUUGUGACAUUAUACCAUUGGGAUCUUCCCUUGCAUCUCCAUGAGUCAAUAGGAGGGUGGUUAAACAAGCAAAUUGUGGACUACUUUGCAAAAUUUGCAGAUACUUGCUUUGAACAUUUUGGUGAUAGGGUGAAGAACUGGGGUACAAUAAAUGAACCAUUGCAUAUUGCUGUGGGAGGGUAUGAUACAGGAAGAUCUGCCCCUGGGAGAAAUCACAAUUCAUCAAUUGAAACAUAUUUGGCUGCACACCAUAUGAUUUUGGCACAUGCUGCUGCUGUUUCCAUAUAUCAUAGCAAGUACAAGGAUAAGCAAGGGGGACAGAUAGGGUUAGUGGUGGACUGUGAAUGGGCCGAAGCUAAUUCAGAUAAAAUCGAAGAUCAAUGUGCUGCAGAAAGACGGGUCGAAUUUCAGCUUGGAUGGUUCUUGCACCCCUUGUAUUUGGGAGACUAUCCCGAAUCCAUGCGUGACCGGCUCGGGGAACAGCUUCCGCAGUUCACAGAGGAAGACGAGGAGUUACUCAAGAGCUCUACGGACUUCAUUGGGUUAAACCAGUAUACGUCGAGGUUGGUUUCACAUGCCGAAGAUAGUGUCGAAGAAGGUCAUUUUGAGAAAGCACAACAGGUUGCCAAAAUUGUGGAAUGGGAAGAUGGAGGGAUAAUCGGUGAAAAGGCUGCAUCGGAAUGGCUCUAUAUUGUUCCUUGGGGGAUGCGGAAGGUUCUCAAUUACAUAUCUCAUACAUACAACAACCCACCAAUAUAUAUCAUGGAGAAUGGUAUGGAUGAUGAAAUAAAUGAAAAUGUCCCACUCCAUGAAAUGCUUGAUGACAAAAAAAGGAUUGAGUUUUACAAAGGAUACGUUGCUUCUGUUGCUCAAGCAAUCAAGGAUGGAGUAGAUGUGAGGGGAUAUUGUGCAUGGUCAUUAUUGGACAACUUUGAAUGGUCUCAUGGCUACACCAAGCGCUUUGGUUUGGUAUAUGUUGACUACAAAAAUGGCCUAACCCGCCAUCCCAAAUCUUCUGCAUUUUGGUUCAAGAGUUUCUUGAAAGACAACCAAGAAUGAACCAUUAGCUGCAUUGCCACCCACUAAUUUCACUAUCACUAUUAGUAGAAGCAAAUCUUUAUCAGCUCACAAGUCACAAACAGAAUUGUCCUUAUAAACCCACGAUCUAAGUUUUUGAGAAGAACAUCCAAUGUUGCUAGACCAAGAGCUGGGAUUUUCUAUCACUACUAUUAUAUUACAUUGUAUGUUGUUCAUCUUAAUGCCCCAUAAUUUUGGGGGACUUUCCUUUUUUCCUUGGCUCAAUCUUAAUUUGAAUAAAUGUGGGUGGUAAUUAUUUAUAUGCUAUCAAAUUUAUUCAAUUAGAAGGGUAAGUUUGACUA